GGAUAUUCGCAUUCGUGGAUCUUUCAAUUCUUCUCCAUCGGGUAAAAUGACCAGCGACGCACACUACCGAAUCGAAUCUACUACAGUCAGUAGUAUUUUAGAGAACACAAUCCCACCUUCAUCGACCAUCGUAUCGACAGAGACACAGCAAUCAACAGUGAAACCAGCAGCAUACCGGUAGCACAACCUGCCUUUAUUAUUUGUAGAGCAUAGCAGGGUCUUUUGGGUAGGAGCAUCUUUGAGAGAAGACGAUCAAGCUAACUAAGCCAACAAAAGCAACCAUGCCGUCGUCCGACUUUGUGAGCCCCAUCAUGGCGGGCUUGAUGGACCAUCGAGUGAGUGCCCAAAUCAAGGAUCUGGAUCAUUAUCGCAUUCACGGUGGAAUGGCAGUGGAAACGGACUACAUUGUGCACGUGAGCUGCGUCAACACGGGCACCAAGAGUCGACCGGAGCCGGAUUUUGAUGGUUUCAUCAUUAGCAAGACCUUCAGCGCCUUUCGAACCCUCAUCGAUCAGUUGCAUGAUGCGGCCGAUGCCUUCAUGUCCACAAACUCUCAUGAACAAUUGCCACCUGAUACCAAACAAAAAGUCAAGAAAUUGGCACAAUACUGUGAAGUAGUCAUGCAAUUGAUUGAUUCCCAAAGGACACAGUAUCUAGGAAAGGUCAAUUACAUGUACGUCAAAGUCUUGUCCAAACAACGAAGUCAAGUUAUUACGGAUGUAUUGGAGGCUACCCUCUCCAAUUUCCCAAGCGAUAUUGAUUCUCAUCCCUUCUUGAACGAAGUUGCCAAGAGAAUUGAAAAUUUCUUUUUGACCGAUCACUGCGCGUCGGUGGAUGAAGAGGGAGAAGAUUCGAAUGUCUCCUCUCUUUUCAUUACACCCAUCAAAAAGAAUUAUCAACACGUCGACAAUAAAAUCACGGCUUCGGUCAAAAAGCCCGUCGAUUCUCCCGAUUCGGGAAUUGUCGACAACCACCCACCACCCCCCAAUUUGGAUCGUGCAGUGAGUUCUCCGGUGGUGCCCUACACGCGCAAAAAGAGGAGGUCGCGACAAAUCAGAGAUUUGGAUGAGAAAGAAUUGAAGAAUUCGGGGUCUCGUGCAUCACUCUUGUUGGAUGAUGAUCGAUCCCAGACCGAUAUGGUGCCUUCGUAUGACGCGCCUGUCCCCACGGUCAGCGUCCCCGGGGCUUCGGCGCUGGGAGUCUUUAUGGACAACAAUCCAAUCAUGUUCAUGGGACUGUUUGCGGCCUUGACGCAAGUCGUGCGCUUGGCGGGAGAACGAGUCGUCUCCUUGGAUAUGGACAUUUUGCUGUUGGUCGUCUUUGCUGCAUUUUGUCUUGGAUUGAACACUCCUAGACCACUGGUCGGAGGCGUCGACAAGCCGCCUCUACGAGGAAGACGUCGACGACGCAAGGCAGGACAACCUCCGACUCCCACGAAUGCUGCCAAGCUAUUACGAAGGUCCAUGAUGAUCUCGACACCACGCAGCAUUUCUACCGGCAAUAGGAAUAUCAGCUUUUCGGCGGAGACGAUUGAGGAGGAUGAAGCAGAGGCUGAAAUGGAGGAAGAAGAGGACGAUGUCGUCAUCCGUAGCCCCAUGCCGAGAUUCCCCGAGGGUGCAGAGAUGGGCUCUAUCAACAACUGCUUUUCAGAAUCACCUUAUGAGAAUUUCAAGGUUCGCGGAGACAACUACUUGAGCGACAAGAAAAAGGUCAAGUCGGGGCCUUGUCUUUUCCCAUGCCGUGGUGUUGACUUGUUUUUGACAGAUACCUGCCCCGAAAAUGUGGGACGCAUCUCUGGUAUUAUGGGUGGACAACUGCGUGACGUUCCAACGUUCCUUAUCAAUUUCCGUUUGCCGUGGGGUGUGUUGUUGUUUUACUAUGAAAUACCAGAACGCUUCGUUCCCUUCGUCGCGUGUUGUUACGGUAAUGGCUCUGCUGCCGACAAAGCAAAACUAGAGGAGAAAAUCAAUUCCAUGAAUAACCAAGACAGAUGCUGUGCUAGAUGGCUUCUUGGCGACCACGAGCACAAGGACCAGACGCUCAAAAUCUUUCCAGUGGUUGUGGAAGGUCCAUGGGUGGUGAAAUCUAUUGUUGGAGGCAAACCGGCCAUUAUUGGUACAAAACUACCAGUCAGCUAUGUGUAUGGUAAACCUGGGACCGCCCCAGACGGAAGCAAACAAGCGCUGUAUCUGGAAGCCGAUUUGGAUAUUGUUUCUUCUUCCGCUGCUCGUGGAAUUCUGUCGGCUGUUCGUACGUACACGCAGGAUAUCACGCUGGACCUGGGUUUUGCCAUCCAAGGAAACAGCAACGACGAACUACGAGAGAACAUGUUGGUGGCCACCCGUUUGCACGGCAUUGAUCCACUGAACGCGCCUCCACUGCCUCCCACCAAGGAUUUGAUAAUGACAGGAAAUGAUAACGAUGACGGCGAUGACGACACCGAGAGCUAGAGGGGUGAUGAUUAGAGGAUUGAGUACGACGCACUCUCAAAUUUUGAGUGUGCUGCUUGGUGCAUCUGGGCUUUGCGCAGGCCUUAGUUGUAGUGACAGUGUAAUAUGGAACUAGGAGGCUGUAAAACGAUUGAAAUUCUUUCCUUUCAUCCAUCCACUUGGAGCCACACGGUGCAAUGACUACUCGUGCCCACUAAAACAACUCUUGGAUUGGAAAGCCAGCGAAUACAAGAGUAGACUUGCUGGGAGCCCUCACUUCCCUUGGCCUAACCUGAUUUCCUCCUCGUCACUGCUCGCAAGUCAAUCUCCGCGCAUCAAGGUUCGAGCUUGCUACUAAGAACAGUGUCGUGCCCGAUACUUACUUCGUAGCUCGUAGCAGGAACUAUCAUGCUUUCUUUCGCCGUGGACUCAUUCUGUUUGUCAUGUGGAACUUGCCAGGCCUUUACGGAUGGAUAUCGCGAGGACACGGUUAUUCAGAAAGAACGUCAUCCAGAGCCCUUUUCCUUGUCAUCAGCCAUGGUCCAUUCCGAUGUUACAGCAUUGGCUCACUUUUGACAAGGAUAUCUCAGGGAUCCGAAGCUGCAGCACCCUCAUUCCUGGCACUUGCCCGUCUUGCACUAGGCUUUCUUGGUGGAUCGGCAUGCUUGGGGUUGUCAUUUCUGCUUUGGCGACUAGGUACAUGGUUGACACUUGCAUUGCUACUACUUUGCUCAUCUCCAUAGUUGUAGUCAGCAAUGUGAUUGUGAUGUCCUUGUGUGUCUGCGUUAGUCUUCCACCUUGAUUGUGGUUCAGGAAUAGGCAUUCCAUUGGAGCGCUGCUCUUGUACCAUUUUGGGCUGGCCAUCGAUUUCUGCCAGCACCAAGGUGUACACGCAGCGGUCUGAGUUUUCUACGCCCUUAAAGGUGAAGAUUUGAUCAAUGGUAUAUGUCACGACCGCCGUUCGUCCCUCUGCCAGCAGAAUAACGUUGUCGAUAGAAACCAAAAGCCGUUUCCCGUUCAGUACCCCCGAAGAGAGAACAUUAAUCACAUCUUUGGAGGUCCAGACACCACCGGUAUUUCGGACAUGUGUGUAAUCUGGGUGAUGAUUCUUCUCAUAGAACGUCUCCCAACAAUCUCUUGACUUGCCAAACAAUGAAUUGGAAUCCAGGAAGUAGUCGGUCAAGAAAGCCCUGACACUGUCUUCGGUCAUGUGGGUAUCUGCGGUUCUGGUGGAUGACAUGCCAAUUCCUGAAACACUAUCUUGCAAAGUCGAAGCGAUAGUAGUACUUUCUCCAGCAUUCUUCUGGCAUACUAUUACCGGUUCAUGCUUGCUACCUUUGCCCCAGCUUGGGUCUAUGCUGUGCUGAGGCUUCAUCUCUCCUUUUCUGGUCUUCGUCGUCGUUGUAGCCACCGCUCUUUGUCAGGUAUCCAAUCUGAGACAGAAUGAUCUACAAAUGUAUACCUAUCUCCGAAGUUGCUGUUUCUACAAAGGACACUUGAAUGUUUCAUCGAUAUGUUCCAACUAACUUGCCUCUUACUGUAAGCACCAAGCAAGCUACCAGUACGGUAAU